AUGUAUGAGAGAACUCAGGCUGCUCUCUGUCAUUUUCCGUGCAACAACUGUCAUGUGUGCAAUGCCUCCCUACAGGCAGGGCCCGAUCCUGACAUCAGCAGCAAGAACAAAGAGACUCCCCUAUACAAAGCGUGUGAGUGGGAGAAUGACUUCCAAUCACGGUCAGAUGUGAUUCAGCCUGGAUUCAAACCAGGGACUGUAGUGUCACCUCUUGCACUGAGAUGUAGUGCCUUAGACCACUGCGCCACUCGGGAGCCCCAAAUAGUGAGCCUCAUCCUGUCAUUCGGUGCCACAGUGAACCAGAGGUGUAACCGGGGCUGGACAGCCCUCCACGAGGCAGUGUGCAGGGACAACAUAGAGAUUUGGUAUUUUAGGUAUUUUAUUAGGAUCCCCAUUAGCUGUUGCAAAAGCAGCAGCUACUCUUCCUGGGGUCCACGUGAAUCACUUUUUCCUCAGGUGCUGACAUCAACAUGCAGACGUGACAGUGCUACAGCCCUGUAUGAGGCCAGUAAAAAUUGCCACUGGGAGAUAGUGGAGCUGCAAUUCUCUCCCAACACAGACGCCAACAAACCCACCAAGACAGGACUCCUACCUCUACAUGUUGCUGCUCCGUAUGGACACCAUGAGAAUGUACGAGUGCACUGUGUUUCUCCUGUCGUGUCUCUUGUAUUACUCUUAUGUACAGUACUAAUGUCCCCUUGUUCCAGUAUUGUGUACAUGCUUGUCCCAGUCACCAGUCGGGCCAGAGUUCGCCACAACAUGAUCAGCCCCCUCCACCUGGCUACAGAGCACAACCGGGACAUGGCCACAGCCAUAUUGCUCAAGAAAGGUGCCAAUGUCAAUGCCACACUAUCCCACAAUCGCUCCCUGCAGUAUUCGGAUCACUGCAUCACAGCACUCUACUUUUCCAUUUCCAAUGGAAGCACUAUUGCUGCCAUUCUACUAGCAGCUGUAAGACGGGGUUGUGCCAGGACUGUCUCCUUACUGCUGGAGCAUGGGGCUGAUAACACCAGCAUUCCAUUCUGUCCUACCACCUUUCCUGGUGCUAUCAUACUCUGUAUGAAUAACCUACCUCUUCUCAAGUUUGCUUUUGGUCAAUGGCUCAAAGUACAGUUUUGUGAGUUGAUCUCAUCAACUAUGUGUAACUGGGCAGGGCCCAUCGUAGACUUACUGCUGGACUACGUUGGUGAUGUUCAACUGUGUGCCAGACUCACCGAGCUCCUGGAUGGAUGGCACGAAUGGCCCAGCAUCAAGACCAAGUCGUUGUCAGCCCAUCCACUGAUGCACCUGUGCAGGCUAAGGAUCCAUGAGCAGAUGGUUGUGUCCAGACUCAGGUCUCUGGACAGCCUACCCCUCCCAGAGACUGCUGCAGUACCUCAGCCUGACCAGACACAGCUUUGA